GCCAGAGUCAAACACUGACUAUAUAAGGAGUGUGUGCACUACGCAUUUCAUCUGUCGAAGUAAGCAGCAAAGAAAAAUACGGAAGAAUUCUAAUUUUUGGACCUUGAAUAACAGUCAGAAAAUGAUGUUCAGUUUGCUGGUCGUUGUCGCUAUUUGUUGCUUCCAACUUUCGCUUUGCACAAGUAAGUUGAAAUGGAGAGGACUGCAUGCCACUUCAGUGACAUGCAAUCUUCUUGGGCCAUGCAGGUGCAAAUAUAGUAGGAUUCAGUUAUUCAUAUUUUCGUGUUUGCAAAUAUAUAGCGGAAGAUGCUGUGGAGAUGUUCAACUUAAGAGGACUCUAGAAAACUGUGGAACAGAAUGCAAGCUUCUGUUAUGAAAAUGCGUGAAAUUUAGUUGUCCAUCGCGUCUUAUACAUGCAUGUUGUUAAGAAAUCGUUGAUAUGCGGCAUUUCGAAAGAUCAUCAAAACUAUAUGUUGAAAUUUAGAAUGAAGCCCAUGAGAAUUUUUUGCGACUAAAGCGCAAAGAGGUAUACGGAUAUGCAAAACUGCAUUCCAUUCUCUGUAAACAGCCUUGCUGCUGGUGUUUCUAAACGAAAUAUAAGCCGGCAUGACCAAAAGGGAAUCAUGAUCGAUAUUAACGGCUAAAUUGUAUGGUAAAUCAUGCAUUCACAUGCUUAUAUCUACCUAGGAAUCCUAUCAUCUGUCAGCUCUCAAAUACGAAGAGCUAAAUUUUAUCAAAACUUUGUUCUUAUGUAGUUUACCUGACUGAUUGCUGCAUGGUUAAUAGUAGAUAUCAACAUUUUUAUUUUCUCUAUUAUACAUAUAUAUAUAGAUUCUCCUUGUCCCUGUGGUUGGAGCAAAAUCGAGGGAAACUGCUAUAAAUUCUUCGUUUCUCAAGACAAAUGGGACAACGCCCGGAGCACAUGCCUUGGACAGGGAGGAGAUCUAGCCCUUCCUACCAGACAAACAAAUGCUCUUAUCAGCAAAUUUGCCCGUAAUGGAGGCUCACGACAAACCUGGGUUGGCAUUUUUAGGUAAGGCUUGAAUAUAUGGAAAUGAAACAGAUUAUCCAAUAUUCUGAAAAAUUAACUGCGCGACAAUCUUAUGUAAUAUAUCGAACUUUGUUAUUCACGCAACACUAAAUCAGCUAAAAAGUUCUUUUAUUGAAAGAAAUGUUAUUUAAAAACCUUUUACACAAAAUAAAUGAAUAAAUUAAAAUGCGUUCAAAUUCAAUCACAAAUAUCCACAAAAAGCAAGCGUGUUUAGUCAAGUUUUAAUUUCAAUGUCAUAUGACCUCAGAAAAUAUAUACAUUGUGACGACAAGCAAGACCAGGAAGAUUUCAACAAUUUACUCAAAACUUUCCGUACUGUUCAGUAAGUUUCUGUCACCGCCUUUUUUCUCUUUUUAGGCGAUAUGAAAAACGUUUUAUCAACGUUGAAGGAAGAGAUCAAGUCUACACCAACUGGAAUAGCGGAGAGCCAAACAACAGUGGUGGAAACGAAAACUGUGUUGUCAUGUAUACAAACACGGCUAGAUGGAAUGAUGCGAGCUGUAGUAGCAACCAUGAUUUUGUCUGUGAAAUCAAACUUUGGUGAUGUUAUGAGUUAUUUGCAGUCAUAAUAAAAUCCUGA